AAGGACGCGGAGGGGACACGUCACGCGCAAUCCGCCGAUGACGCGCUCCCGUCCCGGGCGAUGUGUAUGACCUCCGGGGCCCGCAGGUGCGGCCGCUCCGCUCCCAACGGGCGGGCGACGACGACCGGCGCUCUCGGUGGGGAUCUGGCGCGGCCUGGCUUCACGCUGGCCGUUUGAUCCGACGAUGAUGAUCCCUUUCCUUCCGCCUCUCUCUCGAACGGAUUUCCUGCCAUGCACCGGGUCCUUCUACAAACCAGCGGCACAAAAUCUCGGUCGGGUCCUCGGGUUAGCGGAGAAUUCACGCGUCUGCCCUCCGCGCACACAUCACUGCCCACCUGCCCCUUCUGCCCGUGCUGCCCGCUCCUCUAUCCUCUCUCUCUCUCUCUCCAGCAUCCUCUUUCUCUCCUUCCUCCCAUGGAGUCGGCCUAGUUCUGCCCGUUGAGAGCGCUCAUAUAUCCUCGAGACCUCCAGAUCUGUGGUCUGUUGCAGUCUCUGCCUCCUCACAACAACAAGCCCCUGCAGAUGGACACCGCCAUGCACCCCGCCGCCGGCGACGACGACGUCCUCGCCGACCUGCUCACCGUCGGCACCGGCACCGACACCGAGGGCAUUAUUUGUGGUAUGCCAGACUUCAAGAUGGGUGGAAAGAGGGGCGAUGAAUCUGCCCCUACUGAUGCUGGUGAUGAAGAUGGCGAAGAUGAUGACGGGGAUGAGGAUGGCGACUUCGCGGAGGGCGAAGAGGAAAUCUCGGAAGGAGAGGAGUAUGACAACCCCAAGGCCAGUGACGCCAAGAAGAAACAAAUAGGCGAGGGUGAGGAGAAUGGCGAGGAUGAUGAGGAAGAACAAGAGGAGCAGGAAGGUGGAGGAGGUGACGACGAUGAUGACGACGACGACGAUGACAAUGAGGACGAUGACGAUGAUGACGAUGAAGUCGCUGCUGAAGAUGAUGAGGAUGGAGUAGAAGAGGAGGAUGACGACCAGGACAACGACGAUGACGAGGAGGAUGACGACGAGGACUCGCUCCAGCCCCCGAAGAAGAGGAAGAAGUGAAGCCCUUCGACGCGGCUGCUUUAGUCACCAUGCGAUGAGAUGUGCCUGUUCUUCACUGUGUUCUGGAAACUUUCCUUAGAGUUAAAAAUGCCCCACACGAUCACAAUGUGUGGGCUUGUAGGAGCGAUUAGAGGGAACUUUGUUGUCAUCGUUGUUUUGCUUCUGUGGAGUUGAUCGAACAGAUGUUUCGCUAACAUAAUUGUACCUGAGUGGCGAAAGCCUCAAGAUUUGAAUAUGUCAGUCAACUCUUUUUAUCUC